AACUUCAUGACACCAAAGUGAGCAAGAUGAGUUUUCCCUGGCCAAGUUGAAAAAGCAGUUUGGAUAUUUAAUGAGCUGCUAAGGAUUGUCUGCUUGGUCUUCAGCAGCUUAGAGUUGACUCACAGAUGGCUUCUGCCCCAGUUCACUUUAAUCCAAUAAUGCUGUUCUGCUCCAUCUCACACUGGAGAUACAGUAGUGCUUGGUGAGUGAAAAUCAGCCGCUUCUUCCUGCUGAUAUUGAUGUAAGGAAUGUAACUGCAUCAGUGCUCUUUUACUCAUCAUGUGUACAUGGCUCUAAAGAUUGAAAUUGCUGAGACCAAGGUUAUUUUGCUCAAUCUGCUAAUAUGUGUGAUCAUAUUCUACUCCGUGUAUUAUGUGGUCCUGUGUGUUUGUUUCACAGCAUUCAGGCUGCAAAUGUUGGAUGGACUGGCACCCUUUGAUUUUAAGACAAACCCUUCAUGGAUUAACCCAAACUAUUUAGUUCUUAUAGUAUCACUAGAGAUAACCUACUUCGUGUCUGGACUGCUUUUUGUUUUGGUUGUGGAAGAAUGGGUUUGGGACUAUGCUAUCACUGUUACAGCUAUUCACAUCGCCAUCACGACAGCUGUGAGGUCUGAAUUCCCUAUGGCGUUGCACUGGUGGGCUGCUUUAGGUUCUGGCCUAAUUUCAAUGAUUUGUGUUGGACAAAGCUUGGCAUACUACCUGUUCAAAGACAAUUUUAUUUACCCAGUUCUGGAUUAUUUCUGAAGUAUCUCCAUUAUGUCUUCCCUGGUUCUAUAUUUAUAUUUGAA